AUGGAUUCCAUUAAUGGGAACCAAUUUAGGAGAAUAGAAACAAACCCUAAGAUUUUCUUGCAAGAGAAUAUCAUUUUGCUUCUUUCUCGUUGGUAUGCCCUUCAAAUGGCCGUCCAAAAUCAGUGGGGUGGUUGUGACUCCCUCCAGAAAUCCCAUCAACUUUCAGCUGAUUUAUUCUCGUGGUUCUCCAGAUCCAAUGCACCAAUUCCUAUUGAAGAUUUAGAAAAUCUACUUCAUGAAUUCAUGUUGCUUAUAUUCAAUACAGAGAUAGAAGAUGGCAGCAUUGAACAGGUAGCAGAACAGUUGAUGGUUAUCCAUGAAGAAUACUUGUCUCGCCAAUCAUCUUAA